CGCUUUCCGCGCUACCUACAGAGGGGUCCAUACGGCGUUGUUCUGGAUUCCCGUCGUAACUUAAAGGGAAACUUUUCACAAUGUCCGGAGCCCUUGAUGUCCUGCAAAUGAAGGAGGAAGAUGUCCUUAAGUUCCUUGCAGCAGGAACCCACUUAGGUGGCACCAAUCUUGACUUCCAGAUGGAACAGUACAUCUAUAAAAGGAAAAGUGAUGGCAUCUACAUCAUAAAUCUGAAGAGGACCUGGGAGAAGCUUCUGCUGGCGGCCCGUGCCAUUGUUGCCAUUGAAAACCCUGCUGAUGUCAGUGUUAUAUCCUCCAGGAAUACUGGCCAGAGGGCCGUGCUGAAGUUUGCUGCUGCCACUGGAGCCACUCCAAUUGCUGGCCGCUUCACUCCUGGGACCUUCACUAACCAGAUCCAGGCAGCCUUCCGGGAGCCACGGCUUCUUGUGGUUACUGACCCCAGGGCUGACCACCAGCCUCUUACGGAGGCAUCUUAUGUUAACCUACCUACCAUUGCUCUGUGUAACACAGAUUCUCCUCUGCGCUAUGUGGACAUUGCCAUCCCAUGCAACAACAAGGUAAUGAUUUUAUGAUCUAGAGUUUGCGAA